AUGGCCGACGACGCUCCCGAUGCCAGUCCCAAGAACGAACCUCUCAACGUCGAGACCAAGGAAGACGCAGAGACUCGCGCUACUCGUCGUGAACUAAAGCAAUCCUCUAUCUCUGACCCCCCAACGUCUGGUCCAGAAGAUGCUGCCAACACAUCGGAUGCGCCCGAUAAUGACUUGAAGGAGCAAAUCGCCUCCCCUAAGAAGAAGCGCGCGCAUGACCAACUAGAGGGAAACAAAGAUGCUGAAGAAAACGAUUCGAACAGUGUGGCAUCAUCGGACUCGGCCAAGGAUAGAGCUCUACGAACCGAGCCCGAGAAGAAGCGACAUCGCGACGAAGAUGCAGAUUUGCCAUCAACGAUUGCUUCCAGCGAGGUGACCAAAGACACCGAAGCCGGCAAAUCAGCGACAAAACAGUCCCAAGGGCAAACAUCUGCCAGCGCUUUCGCGGCGUCUGGCUUUGGCAAGCUGUCGUCCGGGACUUCGCCCUUUGCUUCUCUUGGUGCCUCUCAGAGCGGAAGUGCGUUCGGGUCACUCGCUGCUGGAAAGCCCUCGCUUAGCUCAUUUGCUUCUAAGCCCUCAUCUACAACAGCACAGCCUGCCGCGCCACCUAAGCUGACCUUUGGAAGCUCAGGAGGAGCGUCGCCUUUUGCAGGGUUAUCAACUGGAAGCAAUGGAAGCCCCUUUGGGGGAAGCACUUUUGGAUCUGCUCUAGGGGGUACCAAACCUCUCUCGAGCUUCGCUGCGCCUGGUGCGGAGCCCCUCAAGAGCGAGAAACCUGCGAAGCCAUUUGGAGCCCCGGAUAGUGAAUCCGAGGACGGUGGCGAAGAGGAAGAAGAAAGAGAGGAGAGUGAGCAGCCUCCUGAAGCCGAACGUGCUGUUUCGCCAGAGAAGGAAUCCGACGAGAAAAAGAAGCUUAAGUUGCAGAAAAUCGAGGUCAACGAUGGCGAAGCCGGCGAGGCAACGGUUGUCUCUGUAAGAGCCAAGAUGUUUUACCACGACAAAGAGGCCGGCUGGAAAGAACGAGGUGCGGGCAUGCUUAAAAUUAAUGUGCCUCAGGCCUGUGUCGAGUACGACGAAAAUGGCGCUGUUAUCCCCGGAUCAUUUGAUGCUUCCGCUUUAGAAGUGGACGAGGAGGCUGCAGGAGAAUCCCAAGGCCACAAGGUUGCCCGUCUCAUCAUGCGCCAAGAUCAAACACAUCGAGUCAUUUUGAACACAGCGCUUGUCGCCGCCAUGAAAUUCCAAGAAAAGGCUUCAUUGAAGUCUGUUGGCAUCCUCUUCACUGCUUUCGAGGGUGAACAGUCCAAACCCGUGAGCAUCACAAUGAGAAUGUCAGCUGCCAACGCAAAGCUUUUCAUGAAUGAGAUUGGAAUCAUUCAAAAAGAACUCCAGAACAGUUAG